GGAGGAAUGCGCAUGUGCGGGGGUGAGAUAGGGAUCGGCGCAAAGGCCGCGCUCUGAUUGAUUGGGGGAUCAUUGUCUGUUCCGUCUUCCAGCCUUUCCCAUUCGACAACACCUCACCGCGGCUAGGGGUGGAGGGCAAAGUCUCUCCCAUCACCUUCCCUUCAUGCUCAGGGGCUGACGAAUGGGGUGAAUUGGAUGACCGGAAGGACUCUCGUCCUCCACCCAAUCAGAGCGCGGGCUUUGUGUGAAUGAAGAUUGAGCUUCACACAGACUAAAACUUCCUCCUGUGUCCAACAUCUGGUGUUAGAAGGGGAGGAUUUACAGACUGAAAUCUGAAAUCAAACAUCACAUCAAGACCUGGCUGAAUCACUCAAUUCAUGACAACUGAAUAUCAUCGGUCUCGGAAUCUAGAAGGAGAAAUGUUUUUCUCUUUUAUCUGGCUCAGAAGGUUUUAAACAUCAGUGUGACUGGAAAAGCACUGAGCUACACACACCCGAGUGAGAGUGUUCCAGUGCACUGACUGUGGAAGGAGCUUUAUCCAGUUAAACAGUCUGAAAAAACAUCGCACUAUUCACAGCGGAGAGAGACGGUACACGUGUUCUGUGUGGACAACGCUGCAACUGAUUGUCAAACAUGGAAAGACACAAGGACACCCACACCAUGGAGAAACCGUGGAAAUGUGGGGACUGUGGGAAGGGAUUCCAGUUCCCAUCUACACUAGAAACUCAUCGACGCAGUCACACCGGGGAGAGGCCAUUCACCUGCUCCGAGUGUGGGAAGGGAUUCACUACUUCAUCCCACUUGCAGAGACACCAGCGAGUUCACACCUGGGAGAAGCCAUUCACCUGCUCGGAGUGUGGGCAGGGAUUCAGUGAUUCAUCCCACCUGCAAACACACCAGCAAGUUCACAUGAGGGAGAGGCCGUUCACCUGCCCUGAGUGCGGGAAGGAAUUCAUUCAUUCAUCCCACAUGCGGAGGCACCAACGAGUUCACACCAGGGAGAAGCUGUUCACCUGCUCUGAGUGUGGGAAGGGAUUCAGUGAGCCAUCUGCCCUGCGGGGGCACCGGCAAGUUCACUUUGGGGAGAGACCCUUCAUCUGCUCAGAAUGUGGGAAAGGAUUCACUCGAUUAUCCAAUUUGCAGAUCCACCAGACAGUUCACACUGGGGAGAGGCCAUUCACCUGUUCUGAGUGUGGGAAGGGAUUCACUCAAUUAUCAAACCUGCUGCAGCAUCAUGUCACUCACACGAAUGAGAGACCUUUUAAAUGCUCUGACUGUGGGAGUGGCUUCAAAAGCUCUCAGGUACUGAUGGUCCACCAGCGCAUUCACACUGAGGAGAGACCGUUCAGCUGCUCUCACUGUGCAAAGAGAUUUAGAACAUCAUCCAAGCUGCUUAUGCACCAGCGAGUUCACACCGGGGAGUGGCCGUUCACCUGCUCUGUCUGUGGGAAGGGAUUCAGUCAUUCAUCCACCCUGCUGACACACCAGCGAGUUCACACCGGGGAGAGGCCAUUCACCUGCUCUGUGUGUGGGAAGGGAUUCAGUCAUUCAUCUACCCUGCUGACACACCAGCGCAUUCACACUGGGGAGAGGCCUUUCAUGUGUUCCAUCUGUGGGAAGAGAUUCACUGAUUUAUCCACCCUGCUGAGGCACCAGCGAGUUCACACUGGGGAGAGGCCAUUCACCUGCUCUGAGUGUGGGAAGGGAUUCACUCAGUUAUCCAGUCUGCAGACACACCAGCGAGUUCACAGUGGGGAGAGGCCGUUCGCCUGCUCUCAGUGUGGGAAUGAAUUCUCUCAUUUAUCCAGCCUGCGGAGACACCAGCGAGUUCACAAGUGAUUACAGGGGUUGGAUUCUGCUGUUAUUGCUGCUGUUAAUCACAUCCGAGCCAUGUUCAUUCUAACAGUUUGUGAAGUGGAAUAUGGUUUUAUAA